AUGGCUGCCCCUGUUCCCGAGCGGCGGUUCAAGAACCCCGCCGUUUUCGUCUGCGACAUUCAAGAAAAGUUUCGCCCUAGCAUCUACGAAUUUGACAAAGUCGUUCUCACCACGCGCAAACUCCUCCGCGCCGCCACCACCCUCCAGAUACCCAUCUUUGUGACCACGCAAAACCGUGCCCGCCUCGGUGACACCGUCGCAGAACUCCAACCCGACCUCACCGCCGCGGGCCCGCUCGUCCUCGCCAACACCGACAAAACCCGUUUCAGCAUGUGGCUCCCGCCCAUCUCCACUUACUUCUCCUCCCUCCCCCCUCCCAAUAACAGCCCCCCCACCCCCUCCGAAAUCGCCCUCGUCGGCAUCGAAUCGCACAUCUGCAUCACGCAAACCGCGCUGGACCUGCUCGCCGCCGGCCACCGCGUGUACGUGCUCGCGGACGGGGUGAGCAGCUCGAACCGGGAGGAGGUCGGGAUCGCGCUGGCGCGGGUGGCGGCGGCGGGGGCGGUGGUGACGACGAGCGAGGGGUGGAUCUACGAGUGCAUGGGGGAUGCGGGGAUUCCCGAGUUCAAGGGCAUGAUUGGGGUGGUGAAGGAGGCGGUGGGGGAUACGAGGGCGGCGUUGACCGGGUUGGUGGGGAGUAAGAUUUAG